AUGUCGUAUCCAACGCAACAACCUUCACCACCGCAAACUCCAACCAUGCCCAGUCAGCAGCCCAUUGGCCACCCAUCAUCUCGGCCUACCCUCCCCAACCCUUUCUCCGACCCUCGCCAGCACUUCUUCGGAACUCUCAAUGGUCAGGUCACCACCGCCAUAAUUCCCUUCUCCACGCUGGACGUACAGCCCGCUAAUGUCACUCUUCCCAGCAUGUUCGGUCGAGGAGCCGACCAUCAGCAGGUAAGUCAAGUCCCGAUUGUCCGUGCACGUGACCUUCCCGUCCCGUUACUGAGUCGCAACCCGGUGCCCAAGGCUUUGCGCGCUAGGAUCGCGAAGAGGGUGGGAGAGUUGAAGCAGCAGCAACAGACAGAGCAAGGUGAGGCGGUCCAGUGGAGCAGAAUCGCGCGUAAUGGGAGGGCGAUUCAGAUUGCUGAGGGACCGUUCGUGCCUCGAGAUGAGCGAGACUAA